UUUCAGCCUUGGAAGCUGGCGUCGUCACUAACGUCGUUUAACGUUGAGUGAUAUGAACGAAAAUGAACAGUGUAUGUGCAAUGAAGCGAACGUUCAAGACCAAACAUAUCUUGCUUUCGCUGAUGGCUGUGCAGAUUCUUGUCCUUGUAUCCAUCGGCUCAGGAGUACUCCAACUAUUAUUCUCACUCGUAUCAUAUUGUGAAGAUCACAAGCAGCCUUUGAGAUCAACGUGGAACACACCAUCUACCAACAUUCGUCACGUGACACAGUUUAACAACACACGUCCGCACAUUAUAUUUAUUCUAGCAGACGACCUAGGAUAUCGUGACGUCGGCUACCACGGCUCCAGAAUAAGGACACCAAAUAUUGACAGACUUGCUAUGUCCGGGAUAAGAUUAGAGAAUUAUUACACCCAGGCAGUGUGUUCUCCAACACGUGGACAACUACUCACUGGAAGAUAUCAGAUACAUACAGGGUUCCAGUGGGUAUUGUGGCCUGCCAGUCCAAGGGGUUUGUCAUUAGGGGAGACAACUAUUGCGGAGAAGCUUAGAGAGACCGGAUAUGCGACUCAUAUUGUCGGGAAAUGGCACUUGGGUUAUUUCAAAAAUAACUAUUUACCAACGAAUAGGGGUUUCGACAGCUUUUUCGGAUUUUUGGCGGGACAUGGUGACCACUAUACACAUCGAGCGACGUUUAACAAAAUGGAGGGGUACGACUUGAUGGAGAAUGAUAAACGUGCCGACAUGUCCAAAUAUAACGGAACAUAUUCUACAACACUUUUCACUAAUAAAGUUAAACAAAUCAUUCAGAAACAUAACCCGGAGAAACCAUUAUUUAUUUACCUACCUUACCAAGCAGUACACGGACCACUUCAGGUACCAGACAAAUACAUAAGAAUGUAUAAGAACCCUUUUGUAAAUGAAACCAGGGAAACUUACGCAGGAAUGGUUACAUGUAUGGAUCAAGGUAUAGGGCAAAUCGUUAAGAGUUUGAAAAAGAAAGGCAUGUGGAACAAUACUCUCCUUAUAUUUUCCUCGGAUAAUGGUGGUAAAUAUGAAGCUGGUGCCAGUAAUUUUCCUCUAAGGGGAGAGAAAUGUGACAUGUGGGAGGGUGGAAUACGUGUACCUGGUUUCGUUCAUAGUGAACUGAUAAAUAAAGAAAUGGCUGGUACCGUCUCAAAUGAACUUAUGCACGUGACGGACUGGUUCCCGACAUUGCUUAGAGCUGCAGGUGGUACUAUUAAUGGUACGAAACCGCUGGAUGGAUAUGACCAAUGGGAAACUCUCAUGUAUGGAAAGCCAGGUCCACGUACAGAAAUUCUUCAUGACAUAUUACCAUUAAACAAGCGUCGGAUAGACACACUGUAUGAUAAUGUUUUAAAUUCAACAUUCAGGGCGUCAAUUAGGAUUGGAGAUUGGAAACUUAUGAAAGGACACCCAGGUUCAACGACACCAAGACGACCAGACAGAAAUUUUACCACCAAUGUAUGGCUGUAUAAUAUAGCUAAUGACCCGGAGGAAACUACAGAGUUGUCGGACUUGUAUCCGGAAAAAGUCCAAACUAUGUUACAACGGAUAGAGUAUUACCGGAAAGGCAUGGUUCCCUGUCCAUAUAUAAGAGCAGACCGCCGCGCAGAUCCUAGACGUCGUCGUGGAUUUUGGGAACCAUGGCUAUAACACGGGUCUAAAGAUAGAAAAUUUAUAUCAAAUGUUCUUUCAAGUCAAUAAAUAAGAUACUCUUAUUAUAAAUCUAUGAUACCUAACUCUAAACAACAAUGAAGAACAAUUGUGUAAGAAUGAGAUUUAAUAUCUAAAAUUAUGACAUUAUGCUCACAUCUUUUUGCUGUCCAAUUGAGUUACAGUAGUAAUAUAUUUUGAAAAGAUUGACUACUAGUAUUAUAAUGCUGAUUGAUCAGUAUUUGAUAAUGAAAAAUGUAAACGAUGCAAUAUAAAAACUACCUUAUUAAUAAAAAGACUGUCAC